GCAGAAAUUCACAAUUACGAAACUUUCAACAACACAUCAUUUAUCAACAAAUACGAAAAUCAGUACAAAAAUUUCCUAAUAAAGUUCUCAUUCUGGUCUAUCAGAAUCAUAGAAUGUUUCGAAUGGUUCACCACACUCGCGGUAGCGCAAUCGCUGCCUUCCUUACUCGCAAUCAUCGUCCUAUCACUUUCUCUCGCUCUAUUCACAAUGUCAAGCUCGUAGGACUCCACAAUCAGUUAUUCCAGCCAGAUCCGGAGAUGAUAAGAUUCGAUGGUCUUAGACUUCAUGGUCCCACAGAUAAAAUGGUAACACAUCCUGGAUGCAUAGAGCCGGCAAGAGCAAUAGCUUCGGAGGCUACUCGCUAUCCAAACUUUGCCCAAAACUCUAAAAAAAUUGAGACGCCAACAAUUCUUGUGGCUUCUGUCACAGUUCUAAUCGCUGAAUCUCCGGCCGAGAUACCCCUCCUGAGCAAAGCAACCUUUGGCGAGCUCAUCGCCGCGCUUGGUGAUGCUAUCGAAUCUUUGACGUGGGUUCAUAGCGGUCGUCCCAGAAAAAGCACAAAGUUACCUAAAGAUACCGAAAACACAAUAGGUGGAGGUGAAGAAGUCCUUUAAGAUGAUAUUAUAGGGGUGUGGAUGAAUUACCUAUCAUUUCGAAGCCAUUUACUUCUUCCUCAGCUACAAGAUCUAGUAUCAUCAUAUGUUAUUGUGAAUAAUAGUUAUGAGGAAUGAGAUGGGCAGUAUUCAUUGGGACACGUGGAUAGACUGGAAGUUAGGAAAGAUAUCAAUUCGAGCAGCCACAUGUAGCCAAAAUUUGCGACACUGCUCGAUAACGUAUAAUUAGUGACUAUGGGAUCAACAUAUAACAUCCAUAUCAUAAGAUUGAUAAAAUAUUAUCA